GGAUGGUCAAUGAGAAUUGCUACCAAAUGAAGACGUUCGGCCUCCGGGGUAAGAAAAUAAUAAAGUACUUCUGGAUUCGAAAAAUCCACCCGAUAGGAUCCUCGCCAGAGAUCUGCUGUGGGUGCAUCGAUGCACAUGCGAGGCAGAGGAUCAGCUGUGGGUGUGAACUGCGACGUGCGUGAGGGUGGCGGCUUCCAUGCAGCCGGCGGAGGAGGAUACGAUGGGGGGGUGCCAUCGUCCAUCGUGAGGGCAGAGUUGGACCGCUAUUCGUCAGAGGAGGGAGUGGCCAUGGGAUCAGGAAUGAAAGCACCAGUUGUUAAGGGGGAAAAUAAUGGCGGAGGGCUCUUCUACGAUUUAUCCGAUGGGUCUCUUUGUACCACGGAGUCCUUCCUAAGGUCACACCCACAAGCUUUCGUGACGCCGUCUCCGGAACGCCGUGACCUCUAUGAGGGACCCGACGCCCGGAGUCUUCAAGAUCUCAUCAGCCAUAUUCAAGAAAACAACGCCAUGCAGCACCAACAACAGGUUCAUCUGGCGCAGGACGGGUACCCUACAAUUAGAGGGCAGGAGCUCCUACUUAAUCAAGCUGGGUACGAAUAUUUGCAGUCCUUGAGCUUGUCAAUGAGCCCUGCAGCCUCACAUGUGAGUGUCCCACAACAACAAACUAGUGAUGAGGACAUUUUGGCCAUGGCCCCCAAGAAAAGGUGUUAUGGUAUGGUGGAUAAUUAUCAGGCCCAGAUUAGGAAGUCCUUUGAUUCUUUUGGACAAAGAACCUCCCAAUACAGAGGUGUUACCAGGCACAGAUGGACUGGUAGAUAUGAAGCUCAUUUGUGGGACAACAGUUGUAAGAAAGAAGGGCAACGUAGGAAAGGACGGCAAGUUUACUUGGGAGGGUAUGACAACGAAGAGAAGGCGGCGAGGUCGUAUGAUUUGGCAGCAAUCAAAUACUGGGGAACCUCUACACAUAUUAACUUCCCGUUGGAGAACUAUGAGCAAGAGCUUGAAGAAAUGAAGAACAUGAGCAGACAAGAAUGUGUUGCCCACUUAAGAAGAAAAAGCACUGGUUUUUCUAGAGGAGCUUCAAUCUAUAGAGGAGUGACCAGACAUCAUCAACACGGAAGAUGGCAAGCCCGAAUCGGCCGAGUGGCCGGAAAUAAGGAUCUCUACCUCGGAACAUUCAGCUCUCAAGAAGAAGCGGCUGAGGCUUAUGACGUAGCGGCGAUCAAGUUCAGGGGUUUGACGGCGGUGACGAAUUUUGAGGUUUCCAGGUACGACGUCGACCGCAUAAUGGACAGCGCCACGCUUCUCACCGGUGACCAGGCGAGACGGCGAGAUCUUACCACCACGACGGCUCCCUGCCAGCUGAAACCUGGCGGCCACGGCGGUCUGGAGGCUGGGUUCGAUUAUUACACGACGAUGUUGGCGGAUGCUUCCUCUUCAUUGGUAAAUAGCGUGCAGAGCUCUAGAGAAGGCAGCCCCGACUUGAACGCCACCCCUCCGGCGAACUUUCGGUCGCCGGCGUCGGAGUUUUACGAGAUCCCAGCGGCGAUGGCGGGUUGCAGUGGCGGUAAUAAUAACGCGAAUUAUUGGGCGGCGGCGCAGAUGAGGUCUCACGUGCCCGUUUUUGCUGCAUGGACAGAUCUGAUAAUGCGACCCAGCUUAGCUUGUAGGGAGCAAUUAUAAAUUUCACAUGCAUGAUAUGAAUGAAAACUCGUUUAGUUCGUCGCAAAUGAUAAUUAAUUCUCUGAAGCAUUAUGAUUAUUUCCCAUGAGGAACAACCGGCCGAUUACUGACUAGGCUAAAUUAAAAAUCCAUUAUUGUCAAAUUUUAAUUUGUUUUUGAGUUUUCUAAAGUUAUUACUCCCUCCGUUCCACAAAACCAUUCACAUUUUGAAAAAGUAUGAUGUGGUAGGUAGAUUAUGAAAAAGUAAGAAUAACAGUGGUUUUUUAAU